GAUAGUCCUCCUCGAUGAUGCUCGGAGAACCCCAUCACACGAAUCCGACGGUUCAGAUACCGCCGUGGCCGGUUAUCGAUGAUCAGAUGCCGGAGGUGUACUCUCCCUACUCCAUGAGUGGCAUGUCUGCAAACUCCGAUGGCAAUGCCAGCGGCGGCGACUACUCUCCGUACUACUUGCAAGAAGCACUGACGGCACUCCAGCGUUAUCUGCCGUCGAACGACGCCGAUAUCGACUCCGACUCCGAGAUUCUUGGUCGAGAUUUGGACGCUCCGGUGGACGCCUACUCCUGCGACCAUUUCCGCAUGUUCGAGUUCAAGGUGAGGAGGUGUGCACGGGGCCGGUCACAUGACUGGACUGAGUGUCCUUAUGCUCAUCCUGGUGAGAAGGCUCGCCGUAGGGACCCGAGGAAGUAUCACUAUUCUGGUACUGCAUGCCCUGAUUUCCGCAAGGGGAAUUGCAAGAAGGGGGAUGCAUGCGAGUUUGCUCAUGGCGUGUUUGAGUGUUGGCUUCAUCCAGCCCGUUAUCGUACACAGCCAUGCAAGGAUGGCACCAGUUGCCGCCGCAGGGUCUGUUUCUUUGCUCACACCCCGGAGCAACUCAGGGUCCUUCCUCAGCAGAGUCCGAGGAGUGCUAACUCGGUGGACUCCUAUGAUGGGUCUCCUCUCAGGCAAGCGAUUGAGUCUUCCUGCGCAAAAACGCUUCCAUUCAUGUCAUCUCCGGGUUCUAUUUCUCCUCCAGCAACUCCUCCGGCAGAAUCUCCUCCUAUGUCGCCGAUGACACAGUCUCUGAGCCGCUCUCUGGGUUCGAGCUCCAUCAAUGAGAUGGUGGCUUCUCUGCGUAAUCUACAGUUUGGAAAGGUAAAGUCACUCCCCCCUUCUAGAAAUGUUCCAAUGGGGUCUCCCCGUUUUGGAUCUCCACGCGGAUCGGUGCUCCGUCCAGAUUUCUGUAGCCUCCCGUCAACCCCUACUGAGGCACCGACUCGUUCUGGGGCCAGCUAUUUUGAUCUUUGGGAUCAGGGUUGUGAGGAGGAGCCUGUGAUGGAGAGGGUGGAGUCUGGAAGAGACAUAAGGGCGAAGAUGUUUGAAAAACUAAGCAAAGAGAAUUCGCUGGAUCCAUCGGGUCCCAGCACAUCCACUGGAGCUCCGGAUGUUGGGUGGGUUUCGGAGCUGGUUAAGUGAAGUAGGUGGAUUUGGGGAUGAGUGGCGUUGAUUUUUGUUUACGGUCAUCGGCGGUACCUUUUUGGGUUUUUAUGGCCACCUUCUCUGAUUCUUCAGCUCUGUGUAUAGAAUGUGAGGAAUCAGGGGGAUUAAUAGUAAUGAUUUAUUUUGGAAGCAAGAAGUCGGAGAUGCUAUGUAUAUAAUUAAUUCCAAAGGCAUGGUUGAAGUUUAGAAUCUCUUUUUAUAGGUAGUUAACGGGAAGAAUCAAGACAACAAUGCAUUGUUUUGGAAGAUAAGCUCUAUGUGAAGCUUCUGUAUAGGUGGUAGACCAAGAAUUAUUGCUAUGUAUUAACUAUUGUGUUGUGUCUUCUAAUCUCUCAUUAAUGUACAAACUGAUAUGUAGGAUCCAAGCUCCUCGGUUUUAUCCAAAUCAUUUGUGUACUGUGUAUUUUCCAUAGUUUGUGAGCUUCGGUUGUA